AAAUCAUACACUUUCUUACAUAAGAAAUAGUUCCCAAGUUCCAUCUUAUAAAACACUCUCUUCCUUAAAUAAUCAAAUCUCUCUUUGAACCAACAACUUCUACUCCUAAAACUCAACACUCAGCAUGGGAAGCCUUCCGUUUACUGUGUCGGACUUGCAAACAAGCACCAAUGGAGCUCGGAGCAGCCCCACCUUACUAUGUACUCCAUUGAUGGGAACCACUGUGGAUCAAAUGUUGAUUGAGAUGGGAAAAGCCAAAGAAAUAGGUGCUGAUGUUGUUGAGAUCAGACUAGACUGUUUGAGAACCUUCAAUCCUCGCCAAGAUCUUGAAAUUCUCAUCAAACGCUCCUCUUUGCCAACUCUUGUCACUUACAGACCAAUUUGGGAAGGUGGUCAGUAUGAAGGUGAUGAAAACAAGAGACAGGAUGCACUUCGUUUGGCAAUGGAAUUGGGAGCUAACUAUAUUGAUGUUGAGCUUGAGGUUGCUCAUGACUUCACCAGUUCCAUCAACGGAAAGAAGCCUGAUAACUUCAAACUCAUUGUUUCUUCACACAAUUUUCACAAUACUCCAUCUGCUGAGGCCAUUGGCAAUCUUGUUGCCAGAAUCCAGGCUACCGGAGCUGACAUAGUGAAGAUUGCAACAACUGCAUUGGACAUUACAGAUUGUGCACGCAUUUUUCAGAUAAUGGUGCAUUCUCAAGUUCCAACAAUAGGAAUUGUUAUGGGUGAGAGGGGUUUGAUUUCGCGGUUACUUAGCCCCAAGUUUGGUGGGUAUCUCACUUAUGGUGCACUUGAGGCUGGUGCUAUAUCAGCUCCUGGUCAACCAACAGCAAAAGAUUUAUUGGACUUAUAUAACUUUAGGCUUAUUGGGCCUGAUACUAAAGUAUAUGGUAUUAUUGGAAAGCCUGUUGGACACAGUAAGAGUCCACUUCUGUUCAAUGCAGCAUUCAAGUCAGUUGGUCUUGAUGCAGUUUAUGUGCACUAUUUGGUGGAUGAUGUUGAAAAGUUUUUCAAUACCUAUUCAUCCAUUGAUUGGUCCGGAUGCAGCUGUACAAUUCCACAUAAGGAGGCAGCACUGAAGUGCAUGGAUGAAAUUGACCCUAUUGCCAAGAAAAUAGGAGCUAUUAAUAACAUUGUCAGGAGACCUGAUGGAAAAUUAAUUGCUUUCAAUACUGACUACAUUGGUGCUAUUUCUGCUAUUGAGGAUGGACUACGAGGUUUGAACGGUACAAUUCCUUCAGCUGGAUCACCCUUAGCUGGUAAAUUGUUUGUUGUCUUGGGAGCUGGUGGUGCUGGCAAGUCACUUGCCUAUGGUGCUGCACAGAAGGGAGCUAGAGUUGUGGUUGCCAAUCGUACAUUUGAACGAGCGAAAGAACUGGCUGACAAAGUUGGUGGACAAGCUAUGACUCUUGCUGAAGUAGAAAACUUCCAUCCAGAAGAAGGGAUGGUUCUUGCAAAUACUACUUCUGUGGGAAUGAAACCUAAAAUUGAUUUGACUCCCAUUUCAAAGGAAGCUCUAAAACAUUAUUGUGUGGUCUUUGAUGCCAUUUACACACCAAAGGACACCAGACUUUUGCGAGAAGCAAGAGAGACUGGAGCUGUUGUUGUCUAUGGGACGGAGAUGUUGAUCCGUCAAGGUUUUGAACAAUACAAAAAUUUCACCGGUUUGCCUGCACCAGAAGAUUUGUUUAGGCAACUCAUGGAGAAGCACGCGUAAUGGGAUUUGGCUUGGUACUCUGUUAUUACAAGCUUGCAGCUGAAUUAUGCUUCCCCAAUGCAGCUCAAAUUGCUUCAAUUUUUGUAUUAUGUGACAAGCUAUUGAAUUAUCAUGUUGUAUGAAUAAAUCUUUGUUUCUAUUAAUGGAAUGAGUUAUGGAAACUAGAUGCUAAAAUUGCAAUGUUAUGCAUUAAGAUAUGACCCUUCAUAAUGAGAAAUGGUGUUAAUGAGUUAA